AUGAGCGUGUGCGAGUCAUCGUCCGAAGCCGCCUUCCCCGGCAUGACUCAGGGGAUCCCUUCGUAUCUAACGGGACACUAUCCUUUCGCAAACUAUGGCGGCCAGGCGUCGUAUCACUUUGGCGCGCCGUUUCCCCCCAUGUACGGCGGGCCCAUGCACAUGCAUCUUCCGCCGCACAUGCCUCCGCACGCGUCCGCGCACGCAGCGGCGCAUCCAGGCUACGCCUUCCCCCUUCCGCCGACCGCUCGCCACCCCCCUCGCCAUGCCGCCGCGGCAUCUGCGCCCACGAAGAGAUUCCGUCGCACGGGCCGAUCCGAUCGCGACAGUAUGGGUCACAUCCCCACGCCUUUUUUCAACGACAGCCCGGUAGAGGUCGAGAUAGACUGUGCUGAUGAGCCGGCGGGAGGCGAUAACGCGGGGCUCGGCAGCGGUAGCGGCGGCGGCAGCGGCGGCGAUCCUUUGUUCGACGAGCUUUCCUGGGGAUUCCCUGAUCUUGAGCUCAAACCAAAGCGAGACUCCGCGACGGUUGCGACUACCGAUGUGCGAAAUUCUGACUUGCAGUUAUCUCUGGAACCGGCUGCGAUCUCUGAUCACGCGCCGCACGUGACGCACGAUGGCGCGUACUACUCGGAAUACUACCCGCACCCGGCGGCGAACUAUCCUCCAAUGGCGAGCCCGUAUCACGCGGCGUACUACCAACAUCAUCCAUCUCAUAAUCCUCUCUACAGUCAUCAUCUCUACAAGCAGCGGCACGCGGAAGCCGCAGCGAUGGCGAGGCAAGCGCGAGUGGCGGCGACAAGAGAGGCGCUCGCUGGGAGAAUCGGCGCGCAAUCAAUCGGUGGGCGAAGCUCGCAAUCGGUCGCAGGACGAACCUUGAAGUCGCCAGGUGGAGCACACGCGAAGGCGACGGGGAAGAGAAAGGGAGGAGACAUUAUUGCGGACCCGAACACGCUCGGCGGAAGUUUGGAAUUCGAGGAUCUUCCCGAUUUCGCCGCCGCUGUCGCGGCGAACGAGCCGUGCGCUGUCGUCCCGUCGCGCGCUGAUCGCGCCGCGUCUCCUGCUGACCUGCUCGUUCCGUCGUCACCGUCCGUGCCGAUACGACCUGCCGCUUCCUUGGAAACCGCUCCUGCAUUUCCAGCUGCGCCCGGCCGUCCGUCACUCUCCCUCGCUCCCGACCUCGACGGCCCAUGCGGUUACGCUAUUCAUUCUUCGCUACCCGGAAACCGCGACGAUGCGACUUCCGCAGUCUUAUUCCCGCCUGUUCCGCGUAUCCCUGCUGCGGUUUCAUCCCUCGCCGUUCCUUCCGCUGUGCCUUCCGCCGUGCCUUCUGCUGCUGCGAGUAUUCCCCCGACAGUCGAUCCGAAGCGAAGGAGAACCACCUCGCGAGCUCUCUUACUAGGACCGCAAGCCAGCGUGGUCGACGGCGUGGCGAACCGAGCCUCUUUUUUAGCUAGCAAGGCCGCAUUCUCUGGCGGGUUUUCUGCCGAUGUUGGCGGAACAGCGACGCUGAGGGUGUCAGGCGGGCGGCGGAGCGUCAUCCGCGCGUCCGGAGGGGAACCGGGAGGCGCGGGGAAAAGCGCAGGGGGGAAGGCCGAGGAGCGCGCGGGGCCCACGGCGGAAACCUCCCCGCUGGUGCGCUUCGCGUGGUAUGCGUCAGAGGCGUUCGGGAAGGCUGUGGCGGCGGUGCGCAGGGGAGAGGCGGAAGGCGGAAAGGGGAAGGGCGCAACGGUGGAAGGGGAGCCGGCGGUGGUUGAGCGCGACGCGGCUAUUAAAGCACUGAGAGAAGACUAUGACAAGUCGUACUUCGUGACAGGCGAGAUGACCAUGUGGUUGUACGAACCAGAUUGCGAGUUCGCUGACCCCUUUGUGUCGUUCAACGGCCGAGAUCGCUUCAAGCAGAACGUGUCCAACCUCGGGUCGUUCAUGGAGGAAGUUUCCUUGAAGAUUCUCGACUGGCAGGAGUCAGAGGGUACUGUUACCACCAAGUGGAGAUUCAGCUGCGUAUUGGGCCUGCCAUGGCGACCCAUUCUUGCUGCAUCUGGUUCGACAGACCAUUUCUUCAGCGAAUCAACAGGAAAAAUAUACAAGCAUGUGGAGCGGUGGGACAUUUCCCCUGCGGAUGGUGUCAAGCAGUUGCUCAAGCCAAACCCUAAACUCAGAAAGCGCUAG